UAAACCUACUGACUGUAAACAAACCUCGAUUUAUUUCCGUCAGGAUUAAUAAGUAUAGAGCUGGCGAUAUUGUCAACUUUAUGUGAUAUCUGGGUUGGGCAUUUUUUUGUCGUGCCAUUAAAAGGUCGAAGUUUCCUUAGCUGAACCCUCAAGGAAAGUUAUUUCGCGCGUUGUCGUCUAAGACGCAAGGCUAACCACCUCGCUAACAUUAGCUACCAUUGGAAAACCGAAGGGAAGGGGCUGCGGUGCAGCUAGCUAACCGAAGCUUUGUUUUAACGCGGGUAGCUAACGUCUGCUUGCAUUGAAGUCAACUUAUCACUAGCUUUAUUCACGUAUGUGUUUUGUUUAGCCAUCUUAUUCUCCAGCAGUCGGUCUGCCUCCUCCGAAGUGUAGCUAAGCGACACGUUUAAGACAUGGUGAAGCUGACGAAGGCCAAAACAUUUCAGGCAUACCUGGACUCCUGUCACCGCAGGUACAGCUGUGUGCACUGCCGAGCUCACCUGGCCAACCAUGACGACCUCAUCUCCAAGUCUUUCCAGGGAAGUCAGGGCCGGGCCUACCUCUUCAACUCAGUGGUGAAUGUGGGGUGUGGCCCAGCGGAGGAGAGAGUGCUGCUGACAGGGCUUCAUGCUGUGGCUGACAUCUACUGUGAGAACUGCCACACCACCCUGGGCUGGAAAUAUGAACAGGCUUUUGAGUUGAGCCAGAAGUACAAAGAGGGGAAGUUCAUCAUUGAACUCUCACACAUGAUCAAGGACAAUGGGUGGGACUGAGCAGUGAAACCACGCCGCCACUCUCCCUCACACGGUCUCAGUUAAGACACCGUCGCCCUGUCAGCCAGGCACCUGUGUAUAGCUUUAUGAAGAAAAUUGAAAUCAGCGUUUCUGUCAUAAGCCCUGCUUUAUUGAAAGUGAUUCCCUGAGCUAUCAUUUAAAAUGGAAGGGAGCUGGGGUUAUCUUUGUUUGAAAUUGCUAAGAACAUCCUGUAACAUUCUCAUCCAAAUUUCACAAAAUUCUGUUCCCAUCUUUAAGUAAAUUACAAAUAAUCUGUGAUGUCCUCUUGGAUCCAUUUUGUGCAACACUCAAGUUAUAGACAACAAUGUCAUGUAAAGUCCCUAUGAUUUCAUAAUUUUGUAUUUUUUAUUAUAGAUGACGUUUUGAGGGUGGGUAAUUUGCUGUUUGUUUGAGUGGCAGAGAGACUGCCGGUUACUGUGUGUGAACCUUUUUUUUUAAAUUUUACUGCAUAUGUACAUGUGGGAAUUUAAAGAACGUACGUCAAGAAUUUACAAUGUGAAUGUGUACAUGAAUGAGUAUAUUAGGCCUUCACCUGGUGGCUGGAGAGAUGGCUCUUCAGGAUCAGAUUCUCUAUUAUUUGUGUGUGAGUACACAGAAUAAGAGUAUACUGUGGGUCUGUGCAAGAUGUGCGAGUGUACUGUGUAUACAGCAUGUGCAGUGUGUGUGUGUGUGUGUGUGUGUGUGUGUGUGUGUGUGCAUGCGCGUGUGUGAAUACAAGAAGUCAGAAUAUGUCCUGUAUAUAUGUAAAGUGUGCAUUUUGUAUAGCAUGUCUACGUGUGAGACUCAGAUGAUUAACAUUUAACAGUAAACCAGCAAACACAAAAAGCUUGGGUUGAA